GCGAAAAUCACAGUACAUCAUCAAACACAAAGGCAUCAACACCAAACUGUUUUUGAAAUGAAGAGCUUCGUUGCGUUGCUGGUUGCCACCCUGGCUGUUGCCACUCAAGGAUCCUACGUCCAACCCACAUACUGGCCAUCGCACUCUGCAGAAUGGAACUCCUGGAACAACGGUUGGAACGGCUGGAAUGAUCACCAAGUAGCUGCCUACCCAUACCAGAAAUCUUGGACCUCAUCCUGGCCAGUAGCUGGUCUAUCCAACAACGGAUGGAAUGGUUAUUAUGGUGCCGUUGAUAAAGUUAAAUCCUGGGCUCAGCCAUGGGGGCACUAUGGAGCUGGUUGGGGAUAUCAGAACAUAGUCAAGACUGUUGUGCCAUCGGUAAAGCUAAACCCGGGGGGUCUGCCAUGGGGAAGCUAUGGAGCGGGUGCCUACGGUUGGGAGCAUCCGGAGCUGGUCAAGACCUCCGGAACGUAUGGAGCUGGUUGGGAAUAUCAAAACCUUGUUAAGACUGUUGUACCAUCGGUGAAGGUCAACUCGUGGGGUCUGCCUUGGGGAAGCUAUGGAGCGGGUGCCUACGGUUGGGAACAUCCGGAAGUGGUAAAGACCUCCGCUCCAGUGGUGGAACAGGUAGCCUAUGCUGAUCAAAUUGGUGUUGGCAAAGUACUGGUGCACUAG